CUACAAAUGAAGAAAGUCAGGUUAUCUGUUGAGCCAUCUGAAAACAGGAAGGAGGAAGACACUACUUACUUUAAAAAAUUGUUUUUACAGAGAAUGGGAAGUAGGAAAAGCUGUCAUGGACUGCAGCUACCAGCAGGACAGCAUGUUUUCACUGGAAUUAAUGUUUUAAAACAAUUGUGGGACAGAAGGAAACCUAGUUGCAGGUUGUUCAUACAGAUUACAUGAGAAAUAUACAAUUGAAGAGCCAAAUGUUGUAGUUAUUUAGCAACUAGAGCAGUUUAGAAAAGGGCCACGUUAAAUUUAGCGACAAUUAAACAGUAUAGUGGUUCUGACUAUAACGUGGUCAGGGCAACACCUUUGCAAGGUUUGAAUUGUUUGCCUUAUCCAAAAGACCGCAGCUUUGCAAGCAGGCUGUUUCUUGACACUAAGUUAACGCAGUACAUUAAGAGAAUAGUACUUCUUACACCAAUAAAAAUAGAGAGGUUUUGUUCACGAUGUGUAAUAAUGAUUUAACUCUCUCCCUUGCUUCUCCAGUGGUACCAGAGCAAAAAGAGUACUCAUUACACGUAGAUGUACAAGGCCGAAAAUUCUGGAGAUGCCUUUUCAUUUUGCCUGUACAUUAAUGAGGAUUAACUUCUAUUAACCUUAGCAAGACAGCCAGCCCAUCCUUCACGAGCUUAGAAAGGCAACUAUUCACAGAGUCCAUAGUAGCAAGCACCUGAGGAAAAUGAAUGUUGGUCCAUACUAAUAGUAAGUACAAAAAUUUUUUUUUUAUUUUUUUUUUUAAAAUGACACCCUGUCAGGUAGUAUUCUGUAGAUACUAAUCGUUGUAACUCAUAGCUUUUAUAAAUAUGGGAUUUCUGCAGGGUUUUUGCACAGUAGAUAUGGUUUAAAGAAUGUCAAUUACAGUUCAGUAUAUAGUUUAGUUUUCUGAAUAAGUAGGAAUGAUAGUUCCCUAAACAGAAGGGAUUUUUCAGAUGGAUUUUUGAUUGUGAGUAAAUAAGAAUGUUUUCCUAAAUGAUAGGGUUGUCUAAGAUGAAUUUUUGAUUCCUAAGACUGUGUGUCAUUUUAGCAUAUAGGAACUUAAAGUGUAGUAGUACGUAAUUUUAGCAGUGAAAGCCUACCUGAGUGAACAUCAGUUUCCUGUUUGUAUUGUCUUUUCUGCAACUAAUAUUUCAUAUGUGGAAUGCUAUGAUAAGACUACAGGAUUAUUAAUCAAGAAGGAAUAGUACAUAUUCUUGAGUAGAAAAGCUUACAAAUUCAGUUCGCAGCCCUUAAAUAAGCCUGGAUAGCAAGGUUUUUCUCCUACCAUUUCAUCGUCCUGCAUACUGAGCUACUUUUGGUAAAGUACUUUUUUAUUUAAGGAGAGAAAUAUUCUAAUGCUUGAGGUCUUCCAGUUCAGUGAAGAAAUGUAGGCAUUUUUUUAAUGCACCUGCUAAAACUAAAAAAGAGCCUGUGAAAUAGUAAACAUCCCAUUUUCUGUCAUUCUAAACUGAAAUUAUGCCUAAUUAAUGCAGUAUAAAUUGUUCUUCUGGAGAAAGUGGCACUGGAAACUGCAUAGUCAGAAAAUAUGGUACCAUAACUGUCCCCAUUUUAGAUUACAGAAGUCAAAUCCUAUAAGCUAGGGUAGGGGUUUUGCCCUUAUUGCAUUCUAUGAGAAAUUAAAGUUUUUUCUCACUUAAUUGUAAUUUAUGUUUUGUAGUCAUAGACAUUCUCAAAAUAAAAAGCUACCUCAUUUUCAUAGAAAAUUGUUACAGUGUACAACUAUGGCGCAGGUUUCUUUUGGUGAGGUGAGUUUCGAGUAUAAUCAAAGAUUUUGGAUUUACGUUAUUUCUGUUAACGAUGGAUGAACAAUUCUGAAGCUCAAAAAAGUUGAAUAAUUCAGGUUGACAAAGAAUUGUAGUGCUUCACUGACAGUAACAUCUUGGACUAUAGAAAUUAUUUUUCAUUAUUGGAGAUGGUCCUGUAUUACAGUGAGAUUUCUACUAAUUUCAUGACCAAUUGCCACAUCACAUCAGAAGGGUAUUUCACUUACCUGCUGUCAUGUUUGAUACUGGCAAAGCAUGAAUUACAUGCCAAAACAGAAACAAAUUGAAAGCGACUAAAAUUCAGGAUAGAGCACUAAAUAUCAGAAUGACAAACUCACUGACUGAUCCAGCUAACUUUCAUACAAUCACAGAAUGGUAGGGGUUGGAGGGGACCUCAGGAGAUCAUCUAGUCCAACCUCCCUGCCAGAGCAGGGUCACCUAAAGCAGGUUGCACAGGAACGUUUCCAGGCGGGUUUUGAAUAUCUUCAGAGAAGGAGAUUCAAAUUAGCAGUUUUUCCUUUGGUCUCUGAAACAGGAAUAGCAGAGGCCCAACAAUGUGAACAGAAAUGGCAAUUCAUGGGAAUUCUUUUAAUGGAUUUUCAGAACUUUUGUGGAAGACAAAAUGAUUUUUUCCAGUAUAACAGAGAUACAAUGCACAAUAAAGUAUGUUCUCUCACAGUUUUCAAAAAUAUGUUUUUACAUAGAUGAUAAUAAAUACAUGAAUAUCUAUUGCAUGAAACUGAUACCACUGGAAAAAUCUAAUCAGUAAGUUGAAGUACUUGUGUUAAAAUCAUCACGUAAUCUCUGUAUGGACCAUUUACUGUAUAGAGGUUACCUAUGGAUUCUCCAUUUUGUUGCAGUGGAAAACAGUGCGUAUCUUUAAAUGAGGGUAGAAAUGAACAGUGUUGAUGCAGAAAUGAAACAUCUCCGAAAUAUGAAAUAAAUGCUUAUGCUUAUUAACACAUUAUUUAUUCUUGUGGCAAAAGGUCAAAAAUAAUUAAACAGAAAGCAAGAUUAGCUUUGUGAGUAGGCAGAAGCUUUGUAAGAAAAUGAGUUUUAUAUAUGGUUUUGCAGAAUCUGAGAACUGAAAGCUGUACCUGUGACUUGACAUCUACCUAAAAAAGGCAGAAAUGCUUGUGCAUAUACAGCACGUGAUAGCUGAACUAUUUUUUACUAUGACUUUGCUGGCACUUGCAUUCUCAGUUAAAAUAAUUUUGAAAACAUUUGGCUGACUGAAACUAAAGUGAAGAGCACACUGCCUGCAGGGAGGUAUCUAACAUAAUGGCAAGAAUAGUACACCCACUAUUCCUUUAAAAAAGAUUGGUCGAAACCUGUUUAACAUUUUGUCUGGUGUUACUUGUUGCUUAUAAAAGUGUCCAAAAUAAUGCAAAAUCUAAUGACAUGGGGUUUGGAUUUCCUGAGUGUGUUCAUUUAUGGCAUAAGUGACGUUCUUAGCUGCUUAGACAGUAACCUUCCUCGAGAAUCAGAACUGCAGAAUUCAUACUGACUGGCGUUUGCGGCCUUUUCAUGAUCUGAAAAAGCAAGAUCCUGAUUUGGUGUGCUCAUUAAAAGUGCCACAGCACAUUUCAUGAGAUAAAAUGGUUGAUUGCCGGGUUGUAUACAAUACCCGUUGCAGAUUAGUUUCACUUGCCCAUGCUUUUCUAAGCAUUUCAUUUGGGUUUGCCAUUCUAAUAGCUAAUUGGAUACUGCCAGAUAACGACUGAGUUCCAUUUGAACAGAAGCUGAUUCUUUGCAGCCAUACAAUUCGUGUUUUAAUUAAUUUUGUAAAAUGCUCUAGGGUCCUCUUACAGCCCCUGUAAGUGUUUGCCUGCUUCCUUUGUUCUAGACAUUUUGUUAAAACGUUUUUAAAGAUCAGUCUUUUCUGGAAAACAUAUAGAUGAAACUGUAAACAAAUGAAAAGAAGAUACAUACCAGCUGAGGCAGAGAAUAAGAAACACUACUAGGACAGGACUUUUUGGUAAUACCUCACUUUUCUUGCAUGUGUUUGGCAUAAAAUACAUUCUUUGGCAAUAGUACUGCAGAAAUGGGUGUUCAGAAGUUAUUAAAAUAAUGUAAUAAUGGGAGUUUGCUGAAGAGAUUUGGAGCAUCUUUGGAGAAAAAAGGCAGAAAAUGGAAGGUAAUUGAAUAAGAUGUGCUUGAUUGAGGUAAAUAAGAGAUAAAUCAAUUGUGAGCCCUUUUUGCCUGCUCUCUAUGUGAAACUACUGUGCUCUCCACAAUUCAUGCUAAUGACAUUGUCUCUGUUAAGAGUAAAUUAUCUGUGGGGCAUCUGCCUCAAUGCAUAAAAGCUAAUGCAGGUAAUAUGCCACAAAACACAAUCAGUAAGGAGAGUCAAAGGAAAAAUUCACAAGAAAAAAUCAAGUUUUAAGAAUAAUUAUUUAGACAAGAUUUUAUCUUAUCUUAAAUGAGAAUUUAAGAAUGAUUUUAAAGGAGGAGAGGAGCUAAGUAGUGAGAGACCGGGCCAAACAUAGCUGGUAACUUGAGGAGCGACGUCAAAGCAAAGAUUAGUAUGGAAUAGAAGAAUAUUGAAAAAUGCAAGAAGAGACAGAUUGGAAGUCAACGAGAACAAAAUUCAGUGUAGUUAAGGUUAUCUAGGGCAAUGGAAACAAAACGUUGGAUUCUGUAUCCAGAGGGAGGAAAUGAAUCAGAAGGCUUUGACGUGGUUGAAAUACAAAAGGGAAGGGCAGUAGGAGGUUGUUGUUUCAGAAAGGCUUGUUUGGGUAUUCUGUGACAUCAUUUUUCUGCAGUCUCGGAACGGUAUAAGAUUCAGAGGGGGAGUAUUCAGUGAGCUGCCACUGUAUGUAUUUAUAGCCAUGCCUUCCACAACAUAAGAUACUGAAAUUAUAAGAACGAUACAUACCAUCUAAAAGGGCAAUUAAUAUUGUCCUGAAAGAACAUUAAAUAUUUCUCAAAUGUAUUGUGUCACCACAACAUUCUGACAUUAUUAAAUAUUUUCUCCAUAUUUUCCUUUUUUUUUUUCACUGUCUCCUUUCUGCCAGUGUCUCAUUACUGUAUAGGUUCACUAAACAUGCUUGUUUAGAAAACUUAAGAAAGUUCUCACAUGUUUUCACAUAAAAUCUCCAUUACAUAAAUAUAUAAAAGUGAAGUAAAAUAACGCCUCUGUUUUCCAUUUUACUUCCAACCAGCAUUUUAAAGGCGACUUCGCCUGCCUAACAAGAUGCAUUGAGAGAAGAGCAGAGCCCAGAUGCCCUCAGUUCUUAGAAAUGAGUAGAAAAAGAAGAAAAAGCUGCAAGGGCAGAAAGAGCUCUGAUUCCAGAGAAUAUGAACAGUUGUCACCCAUUUGUAAAUGCCAGCAAAAUGUAGGAAGCCUUGAAAAUAAAGCAGAUGAGGCUCUGGCUCACUUCACUGAGCCACUGGAUGUAAAGGGUACUGAAGAAGAUGGAAAAUACCAUGAAAACAAGAAUCAGAGUAGCUCAGAUGCAUCUGAAGAUAGAGACCUUGAUAACGUAUCAGACAGUGAAAAAGAAGUAAAGAAGGAAAAGAACUACCCUCCUCAAAUGUUCUCUCCUCAGCAAGAUGAAAUCCUAGCUACGGUAACUUUGGGUGAAACAGAGGGGUCAUCCACAGGAAAAAUUACGCUCUGGGGCAAGCCAGACUCUGCAGAGUUUGUUAGCUUGGCUACCGGAAAAAUUACUGCAGAAGUAAAAUACGGUUCUUUUAAUGUUAAACUAGAAGUUAAGAAUGUUUCUUUCUUUGAUUCUGGAACAAACCUUGUAGCUGAAAAAAGGAAAAGUUCAAAGAACAAUAAACGUUGUCAUGAAAGACGAUACCACAAAAGCCAGUGUUCAAAAUGUUCGAAGUACCAGUGUCCGUCAACUGACAAUUCAGCAGAACACAAUGGGAAUUAUAAGGGAUCCUCUAAACAUAAAAUUCGAACUGCCAUCAACAAAAAUGCCUCCUUGAAAAUGAACAUUGAAGCAAAGGAAUUUAAAGUGGAAUAUACCAGCAGAAAGAAAAGUCUAAAGGUUAACAUCAAGCCUGGUGAACAGACAGCGAGCAAAACCUGCAACAGGGAACACGAAGAUACAUAUUGGAGUGAAACAGAUUAUUCUGUAACAGAGGCACCUUGCAAUACAGAUUGUGAGUCAUCUUUUAGCAUCCAUGAAAAAGUAGACUAUACAUUCCCAGAUGAAUUUACACUUCUCCCUCCACCUAAAGAAUUUGCUGACAGUGACAAAAUGCAUUUGGAUACAAUUGUAGAGGGGGUAUCUUUGUCAGAUUCCAGAAAGGAAUCUGACAGCCUCUCUGCAGCCUUGAGAAUUUGGGGGGAAGAAAAUUAUUUCUGUAAACAUAACAAAAAGGACUAUGAAGACCACACCAAUGAAAAGGAAGAUUUUUCAAAAGAUAAAAUACUUUUCUCAAAAAUAAAUAAUACAAAUUGUCUUGUAGCUAGUAAUACCUUGAAUAACCCAAAUGCUGGGAAGGACCAUAUCAGUAAGAACAAUGUAUUAAGUCAAGAAAGAAAUAACUGUGACAAAUGCAGAAACACAGGGCAAAAACCAGCAAGAAGAAAGUCUUUCCCAGAUACUACCCUUGAUGUACCAUCACCAGUUCACCCUAGAAGGGAUUCUGGCUUUUAUUCAUUGCCAUCCUUAAAAGUAUUGCCUAAGGAGACCAAAGCAGGAGAUCUCUAUAACAGGAACUCACAUGUUCAUACCAGCUAUACAGAACUUUCUAAGUGUCCUGACUUGACCUCCUCACUGAAAAGUUUGAGAGGUCUGAAGUCUUCAUAUCAAUUUGCUUUCACUUCAUUUGAUCAUAAUAUUACCAUUUAUCCAUCUGAGCCUGAAGAAAGUCAAGAUGACACUUCUUUACUGAAUGACUAUGCAGACUAUGUGGGGCAAGGUGAAGAAACAGAAGAAACAUUAAUGGAAAGUCUUCAUUCCAGUGGUACUAUAAAUGAGAAAAAAGAAAAUGGGCAUGACGAGUCUCUGAGAAACCUAGCUGUAUGGGAGGAAGACUCUGAGUCUACUGAAGAUGCCUUAGAUGAAAGGACACCAGAGUACAACCAUCUAGAAACGCAUGUUGAACUGCAGAACAAAGCUCAGCUGGUACAGGUCUUUCCACAUUCUAGAAGCCCUUUGGGUGAAUUUAUUAAUGACAAGGAAAGUACUAGUUAUGCAUCUACAGAAAGCCCCCCAAACCAACUUUCAUCUUUACAGCAAAAUCUUCACCAACCCCCUGCAGAGCCUGAAGUAACAAAGAAAAGGAGAGGGUCAGUAAUGACUGUGAUAACUGGAAAACUAGAACGACGACUCAUCCAAGGUGACAAUAAAUUGAUAACUGAUUCUUUUGGCUCUGCAGUAAGAAAAGAGCCCAAACUUCCCUAUAGUAUACAAGAAGAAUCCCUGCUGUCAUCCUUGCUAUUAGAUCACGAGGAGCAUGACAUAAAUAAUGAAUCAGAAAGCUUUUCUGAGAUACCAGACGUAUCUGGGAAUAUCCUUGUUGACUCAGAUUACCAUAAUGAUUCAGCACAGGCUGACAUGUUAUCUACCUCUUCAGCAUAUACAGAAAAGAAAGAAAAUUUCACAGAACAUUCAAAUGUCCAGGAAAGACCUGAGAACUUUUGCAGUAAACAGUCAACUGAUGAUAGCUUAAGGAGAGAGCCUGGAGCGCAUCAACUACGUCAGUUAGUCAAAUCCAACUCUGAUGACGUUGAGAAAAAGACUGAAAUGAAAGAAGAUUUUCACCAGAAGGCAGACAUCCCCCCAUUAUCAGUAAAACAGAUUAGUCAGAAAGACUUGAAAUCAGAAAUGAAUAAAACCAGAAAGCUACCUUUGAUGAAAGACACCAGAGCGAGCGAUAGUUCCCAGGAAGAAGCAAUAGACCAGUGGGCCAGGAGACGGAAACAGUUCAAAGACAGCAAAAAAUGCAGUUCAACUGGAGGAAGCUCCAUAAACAGCACAAUCACUGAGGGAUCAAUAAAUUCAGAGGAUACUCGGUCAGUAGAUCUGGGACUACAUUCUGAAAACGAGGACAGAGGUUUUUAUACAGAAAACUUUCAUUCUGCUUCCUGGGUUUUCAGAGGAGAUGAUGUCUCACCGGAUAAUAGUCCUAGAUGUCUCAGCAAAAGGCCUAGACCAGUGGCAGUUCGUGAAAGAACAGUGAAGAUUGCUAAAGGAACUGGCAAUUACCCUUGGGGUUUCAGGAUCCAGUUCUCAAAGCCUAUCCUUGUGACUGAAGUUGACACAAACAGUGCAGCUGAAGAAGCAGGGCUUCAGGUUGGGGAUAUUCUGAUAGCAGUCAAUGGAACUGAUGUCACCAGCAUGCCACAUUCAGAAGCUGCCAAUCUGGCAAGGAAAGGUCCUGAUAUCCUGACUAUGGUGGUGGGAUCAGAUAUCAGCCGUUACCCUAACACCCCCAGACCUACCUGCCGAGGAUAUCUGCAUAAACGAACACAGUCAGCGAUAUUGAAGGGCUGGAGAAAGAGGUGGUUUGUGCUGAAACAUAACGGCUACCUACACUAUUACAAACACAAGAAGGAUGAAGGGAAGUGCAGACCCCUGGAAGUAACUAAGCUGGAAGGAGCGGAAAUUGGUGUUGACACCAGUCUGGGUAAACCAUUUGUUUUUAAAUGCAUACCUCAAAGUGGACACAGGAUUUUCUACUUCUGUGCAACUUCCAACCAAGAAAUGAAGAGGUGGCUGGAGGCUAUGGAUAAAGCGGUGCAUCCUGUCCAUCAGAACCAUGUGUGGGUAGAUGUCACACUGCAUAACACUACACUUCCACCCUUGGCUAUCAAAAACCCUGAGUGCCUGGGGCUUCUCCACCAGCUGGACAGAAGCAAAGAUGUCUGGAUUCAGCACUACUGCAUUCUGAAGGAUGGCUGUUUGUACUUUUAUGCUACUCUCCGGUCUACACCUGCCCAAGGUGGCCUUUACCUACAGGGAUAUAGUGUGAGUGAACAAUCUCUGGGCUCCAAGAGAUCUGUAAUUGAACUCAAACCUCCAUCUGAAGAAUUUAAAACUUUCUACUUAUGUGCAGAGAAUGUAGAUGAAAACAAAAGGUGGAUUACAGCUUUGAAAGCUUCAAUUAACAAAUGGUUACCUCUACACCAGGCAAUCCAAGAUUUCAUGAAUAGACCACUGGAGGAGACAAGGAUGUGAGAAGAAAGCUCAUUUUUUUUUUGCUCAAUUCUGUUUUCCGUUAAAAAUCCCAUGCUAUGUCUUAUGGUUCAUCUCAAAA